AGCUGAGGAUGGAGACCAGGGAGGACAAAUCCCCACAGCAGAACCUUGUGGAAGAGGCUGUGUUGAGCGGCUCCAGGGCACAGGAAUCCAACGGGGAAGAAAAGCCCUGGGGAUCUUGCAGGAGGAGGGGCUGCAAAGCCAGCCCAGGGUGCUCUGAGGAGGAAAGACCCACCCUGUGCCAGGAAAGUGGGCAGAGCUUCAGCCAGAGCUCAAAGCUGGUGGUCCAUGAGCUGCUUCAUGAUGGAGAGAAGCCCUGCAAGUGCUUGGAAUGUGGGAAGAGCUUCAGGCAGAGUUCUGACCUGAUCAGCCACCAGAGGAUCCACACUGGGGAAUGGCCCUACGAGUGUGGGGAAUGUGGGAAGGGCUUCAGGUACAGCUCAGAACUCAUCAUCCACCAACGUAUCCACACUGGGGAGAGGCCCUACAAGUGUGGGGAGUGUCAGAAGAGCUUCAGCUGGAGCUCCAACCUGAUCCGCCACCAGAGGAUCCACACGAGGGAACGGCCCUAUGAGUGUGGGGAAUGUGGGAAGAGCUUCAGCCAGCAUUCCCACUGGAUCUGCCACCGGAGGAGCCACACUGGGGAAAGGCCAUACAAAUGUGGGGAAUGUGGGAUGACCUUCAGUUGGUGCUCCCAACUGAUCAUCCAUGAAAUGACCCACACUGGGGAGAGGCCCUACGAGUGUCCCCAGUGUGGGAAGAGGUUUCAGACCAGCUCCCAUCUCCUCAAGCACCAGCAGAUCCACACAGAUGAGAGGCCCUUCCUCUGCCCUGACUGUGGGAAGGGCUUCAACCGCAACUCCACCCUCAUCACCCACCGGCGCAUCCACAGCCGGGAGAGGCCCUACGAGUGUCCCCAGUGCGGCCGGAGAUGGAGCCAGAGCUCAGAGCUGGUGCUCCAUGAGCAGCUCCAUGAUGGGGAGAAGCCCCACACGUGUGGGGAGUGUGGGAAGAUCUUCAGGUCGAACUCUGAGCUGAUCAGGUACCAGAGGACCCACACUGGGGAACGGCCCUACAAGUGUGAUCAGUGCAGGAAGAGGUUUCAGACCAGCUCCAAUCUCCUCAAGCACCAGCGCACUCACACAGAGGAGAGGCCCUUCCGCUGCCCCGACUGCGGGCAGGGCUUCAGGCAGAAUGCCCAUCUUGUCACGCACCGACGCAUCCACACUGGGGAACGACCCCACGAGUGUGGGGAAUGUGGGAAGAGCUUCAGGCACAGCUCCAACCUGAUCAGUCACCGGAGAACCCACACCGGGGAGAGGCCCCAUGAGUGUGGGGAGUGUGGGAAGAGCUUCAGCCGGCAUUCCAACCUGGUCAUCCACCAAAAGAUCCACACUGGGGAGAGGCCCUACGAGUGUCGGGAGUGUGGGAAGAGCUUCAGCCAGCAUUCCAACCUGGUCAUCCACCAAAAGAUCCACACUGGGGAGAGGCCCUACGAGUGUUCUAAGUGUGGGAAGAGAUUUCAGAGCAACUCCCUUCUUCUCCAGCACUAUCAGAUUCACAGAGAGGAGAGGCCCUUCCAGUGCCCUUACUGUGGGAAAGGAUUCAAGCACAACUCCACCCUCAUCACCCACCAGCGCAUCCACACUGGGGAGAGGCCCUACGAGUGUCCCCAGUGUGGGAAGAGCUUCAGCUGGAGCUCUAACUUGACCCAACACCAACAGAGGCACCGGUGAGGGAAGCCCUGCGAGUGCCCCGAGUGCGGGAAGAGCUUCGUGUGCUGCUCCAGCUCCAUCCCCCACUGGAGGAGCCCCUUUGGGCACAGCCCUGGUCACCCACAUUCCCUGUGAUCCAUGCUGGGAACACACCUGGCUGCUUCUCCUGUUUCUUUGGCCUUAAUUUUCUUCUGAUUCAUCUUCAUCCCUUAAAACCACCAUAAACAUGGUUAAAUAAAUGAAAUUGAUCAAAGAUA